UCGUCAAUAUCAGACGCGCUGUGACACCACCUCCAUCUCCCUCCGGAAAUCUCCAUUGCAUCCGCAAAGACACAACGCUCGCCUAGAACUCUCCUGGAGUAGCCAAUUGACCUGUUAAUUUGGGCGUAGACGACUGCGCAUCCGGAAACAGAGCCUCCGCUCUUCACACCAAACCUUCCCGUCUACCACCACAUCAACAGUAUACACAAUGGUGUCCAAGAUUCUAUUCUGGACUGGCUUCGGCGUUGCCGUCCGCCUGUGGCAACUCGGCCUAGAGAUGCGACCUCUUUUUGGCAAAACAUAUCUUUGGACUUACCCAGUCUACGCGGCCGUCGGUGGAAGCUUCGGCUACUGGUUGACGGGUGUGGAGUCGAGACAGCUUGCCGUGCUAGAAGAACGGAAGCAGCGGUUGUUGGAGAAGAGAAGGAAGAGAGACGAGUUGGCGGCUGCAUCGUGAAGCAUGUCAGCCAAGGUGCUGUGUGGUAAAAGUGGAUAUCCAUUAGGUGCUGAGGUUAGAAACAAAAGAGCGCGAAACGGGUGGUUGAGCAUGGGGCGGUGAUGAAUACGCAGAAUGUGUACAUAGUUUAUGGGCGGCGAUGUCAUCGCCAAGUUUAGAGCCCCGGUGCUGCCGCAAUACAAAGUCACCUUACAGUUAUUUUCAUCCUACUCGCUUGCCGAGUCGGAACCGCUGUACUUUGCAUCCAUUCAAAAAAGUUCAUGCUGC